AGUACUAAACAUAUUGUAAGAGCUAUAAGAUAGAAUGGUAAAAGUAUAAAGUGGUAAAUGUUUUAUGGUCGUAACUGUGUUUGAAAAGAGUGUUUCACUGCAUUCAGCAACAAGAGCUUUAGUGAGGCGCUGCGGCACAUUCUGCUGCUCUGUUUGCUGCUCAUCUAAUUUGAGUUAACUCAGAAAUCACGCCAGUUUGGUAACUUGAAAUUGACUUGCCUUUAUUUUAUGUCAGGCAGUCCCGGUGUGUUUGUGCGCGCGCGCGGGUGUAAUAAGGAAGUUCUCUCAGAGAGUGAAAGUGAAAGUGCUCUUAGGUCUGUACUGCUGGAAAGCGGAGCACCAGGGUCCGGUGCAGUGAUGGCAUCUCUGGAGGAGGAGGUCCAGUGCACGGUGUGCUGUGAUAUCUUUACAGAACCGGUUCUGCUGUCCUGCAGCCACAGUUUCUGCAGGAAGUGUCUGCAGCAGGUCUGGAGUAAAGGCCGGCCGGAGUGUCCGCUCUGCAGGCGACGCUCUUCCAAGGAGUUCCCGCCGCUCAACCUGGCCCUGAAGCACGUCUGUGAUCUGCUGAGGAAGAGGGAGGUGAAGAGGCUGAACGCUGGGGUGAAUUGUGAUCUUCAUCAGGAGACCCUCUGUCUGUUCUGUCGGAAUGAUCAGAGGCCGGUGUGUGUGAGCUGUGUGAGCUCCACCAAACACAAGGGACACGAGUUCUGCAGACUGACGGAGGCCGUCCAGGAGAAAAGGGAUGAGCUGGAGGCAGCUUUACACCCACUGAAGGAGAAAGUAGAAAAUCUUGAGAAAAUCCAGCAUAUCUGUACUUCCACUGCCAAGUACAUUAAGAGUCAGGCUGAUAACACAGAGGCUCAGAUAAAGCAAGAGUUUGCUAAGCUGCACAGUUUCCUACGGAAAGAAGAGGCGGAGCGCAUCGCUAAACUCCGCCAGGAGGAGGAGCAGAAGAGCCAGACACUGCAGGAAACCAUGCAGACUAUCAACAGGAAGCUGGAAUCUCUCUCUGAGACUAUCAAGACCCUUGAGUACAAGAUGAAAACAGAGGAUGUUCCUUUCCUUCAGAGCUUCAGCCAGACCAAGACCAUGGUACAGGACACACUGCAGGAUCCUGGUGAUACUCCUGUCCCGCUGAUAGAUGUUGCUAAGCAUCUGAAUGUGCUGAAGUACCAGGUGUGGGAGAAGAUGCUGGGCAUAGUGCAGUACGUGCCGCUGUGUUUGGACCCUCUUUCUGCACAUGCCCAGCUCUCGCUGUCGGAAGAGCUGACCAGUGUGAGCUACAGCCACCGGGGUAAAGGCAUCCCUGGCAACCCGGAGCGCUUCGACCCGUAUGUGUUUGUGCUCGGGGCCGAAGGCUACGACGGCGGAACCCACAGCUGGGAGGUGGAGGUGGGCAACAAGGCGAACUGCCGCAUCGGGGUGGCCCGGGGGUCCGUGCAGAGAAAGGGCCACUUCUCUGUAUGCCCGAAGGAGGGGCUGUACACCAUUGUGUUCCGAAAACGAGAGUUCCAUGCGGGAACCUUCCCUGAGACCCGUUUGGACUUUAAGAAAAAGCCUCAGAGAAUAAAAGUGUGUUUAUCGUACGACAAAGGUGAGGUGACCUUCACUGACCCCAGUGACGGAACUGUGAUCUAUAUCUUUAAGGACACUUUCACCGAGAGGCUGUACCCUCUGUUUGGGCCAGCAAAAGACUCUGCCCCCCUGCGCAUCUGCCCCAUGACAGUAAGUGUCUCAUAUUAAAGCUGAUCUACCAAUCAGUGAACUGAUCUGACCAGGACUACAAAUUCCCCAAAUACAGACAGGAACAGACACUCACUCAUACAUACUGUUAUUUAAAAUGCAAAAAUUCAUACAAUACAGCAAAUAUUCCUUAAAUGUUUCUGCAAGUUAACGCUUGACCAAUUCUGUCUGGAGAUUCUGCUCUGCCCAUCAGAAUUAAGUUUGGUUAAAAAUCUGUUGUUUCCUGGCACAGACAAAAAUGUUAUCGUGGUCCAUAUGUAACUGGGAGGGUUUAGGACUUUGAGGAGGCUGCUGCAGAAGCUUAUUGUUGGUCCACUUUAUGUUUUCUAAACCUCUUCUCAUGGGUUUGAGGUUGCUCUUCUUCUGAAACUCCAAACUGUGUCCAAGUUUUGAGUGUUGAGCUGAUGGUUUGAGGGUCUGCUGAAGAACACUGGGGACACAUUUCUUCUUCAUGACUCCACCCACUGUAUGAAAUCCUUAUCAGUUCCACUUGCAGCAGAACAGCUCCACAGCAUGGAACUCUCACCACCAUGUUUAACAGCUGAUUACUGUAUUACAUGCUAACACUUACAGAUCGAAUUUACAUAAUGCUAGCUGAAUCAAAAGCUGAAGCUGCUAAUUGUUGAUUAAAUCUCAGAUAAUAAUAAAAAGUAUUCUGUCUGGUUCAGUUUGAAAAGACUGGUGUUAUUUUAUAACAGCCCCUUUAAUGUUUAUUGAUAACAUAUUUGAAAAUAUAAUACAGUGCAUAGAGAAUGUUAUAAUGUGUUAAAUGUAUUAUAUGGAAUUAUUUUAUCUUUACAUGUUUUGUAAAAUUGAUAACUUAAUGACUAGAAUAAAAAUAGCAGCAGGUAUGCUGGUGUUAUUGGCAUCUCUGUGGUGCUGUUCAUAAGAGGCGUGGAACCAUUUUUCUCUGUAAAGCGACUUUGAGACAACUUCACAGAUUGGCUUGUCAAGUGUGAAGAUACCUGGAGUGUAAUACCUAAAUCCAGUUUUAUUUAUUACUAGAAAUGUAUAAAUAACUAGCCACUCACUAAAACUGCAGUACAUUUAUGUUACCAAAAUAUAAAUAUAAGGCCUGUGUGUAUAACAGUGUUUUUCCGUUAUAACGAAUAAAUCUGAAUAUUCGUUGCUGUGAAGAAGAUCAGGGUCCAUAUCUGAUUUUCCUUCUCUAAUCUGACAACAGUAGCUGUACUGUUUCUGCUGAAAAUGAUCAACAAUAAAUACUGACUGAAUUGCUAACCUCUGUUUGCUAUUAUACUUCAUGUAUUUGUUUAUUCAUAAAUUAAUGUAUUUGUUUGUGUUCAUGCAGAAAUAUAGGAUUGUUUCCGUAUAAUUCAUUUUGUAUAUUUAGUAA